UUCGACUUUUGUUGUAUUAUUAUUACUGUAUUUUAAACACAUUAUUAUAUUAUUUUGUUGUUUAAAUGUUUGACCGUUCGUAUCUCCCGUAGGAAUGUUGUCUAGUUAGUGUUAUGGUUUUUUUUUUAAUUUUCUUUUUUUUAUUAUGAUUAAAUCGUUGAUUUUAUUCCGUACCGUCGGUUAAGUAGACGCGUAUUCUCACAUCAUCGUCGUUCGUUCAUCAAAUGUAGUUUGUUAUCAUCGCAGUAAACGACAUGUAAAACGUUAGAUUUUCCGUUUUCGUAGUACCCGCAAAUAUUGUAAACCGUCCAGCGUUUACACGAGUCAAGAGCAAGAACACGAUCAUACAGAGAGCACAGAUUGCAAUAACUCUGAAGAAGCUGUUUUAAUUGAUGAUAAGAUGAGUUCCGAAACAAGUGGUGGUGUAAACUUUAUUGUCGGCGACGAGGAUGGCGUUGAUCAAGCGCCUACCGAACUUGUCAAUGGAGAUUUAAUGAGAGCUUUAGAAGAAGAGAAACACGAAAAUACUGAUUCUUUCCCUUUAGGCAAAGAAACACGUAUGGGCGUAACAUCAAAUAGCAGCUCUUAUAACAACAUGUUUGGCUUAACAGAAAAGAGGAAACGAUUAAGGCCUAGUAUGUCACAAGGCAAUGUGAUCCAUCAAAGACUAACUGAAAAAGACUUCAAUGUUAGCACUCCUGAAGAAUUUGUGAAACGUUUUAAAGGAACAAAAGUUAUAAACAAGGUUUUGAUUGCUAACAAUGGUAUUGCUGCAGUCAAAUGCAUGAGAUCUGUUCGUCGAUGGUCUUAUGAAAUGUUUAGAAAUGAAAGAGCUGUACGAUUUGUAGUUAUGGUUACACCAGAGGAUCUUAAAGCAAAUGCUGAAUAUAUUAAAAUGGCUGAUCACUAUGUACCAGUACCUGGAGGUACAAAUAACAACAAUUAUGCUAAUGUUGAACUCAUUGUCAAUAUAGCCAUACGUUCACAAGUUCAGGCUGUGUGGGCUGGUUGGGGACAUGCUUCUGAGAAUCCAGAACUACCUAAGCUCUUGGACAAAAAUAAAAUUGCUUUUAUUGGACCACCUGAAAAAGCUAUGUUUGCUCUUGGUGAUAAAAUUGCUUCAAGUAUAGUUGCACAAACAGCUGAAAUUCCAACAUUGCCCUGGUCUGGUUCAGGUGUAAUUGGACAUUACUCCGGUAAAAAAAUUGAAAUUGGACCAGAUUUGUAUAAAAAAGGUUGUGUUGCAACAAUCGAAGAAGGCUUAGUGUCAGCUGAAAAAGUUGGAUAUCCAAUUAUGAUUAAAGCUAGUGAAGGCGGUGGCGGUAAAGGUAUAAGAAAAGUAGAAAAUACUGAAGAAUUUCCAAAUGCAUUCAAACAGGUUCAAUCUGAAGUUCCUGGAUCACCAAUAUUUAUUAUGAAAUUGGCUAAAUGUGCUAGACAUUUAGAAGUACAACUUUUAGCUGAUCAAUAUGGUAAUGCUAUAUCAUUGUUUGGACGUGAUUGUUCAAUUCAAAGAAGACAUCAAAAAAUUAUUGAAGAGGCACCAGCAGUGAUUGCCGAACCUAGCGUUUUUGAAGAAAUGGAGAAAGCUGCUGUUCGUAUUGCUAAAAUGGUUGGCUAUGUUAGUGCUGGUACAGUUGAAUAUCUGUACGAUACCGACGGAAAUUAUUACUUUUUGGAGUUAAAUCCUAGACUGCAAGUCGAACAUCCAUGCACUGAAAUGGUAUCUGAUGUGAAUUUACCUGCUGCACAACUGCAAAUUUCAAUGGGAUUACCUCUUAACUGUAUUAAAGACAUAAGAUUACUUUAUGGCGAAUCUGCUUGGGGAGAAAGUUCUAUUGAUUUUGAUGCACCAAGACAUAAACCUCAUCCAUGGGGUCAUGUUAUUGCUGCUCGAAUUACUAGUGAAAACCCUGAUGAAGGUUUUAAGCCUAGUUCGGGAACAGUUCAAGAAUUAAAUUUCCGUUCUUCAAAGAAUGUUUGGGGAUACUUCAGUGUAGCAGCCUCAGGAGGAUUACACGAAUUUGCUGAUUCUCAGUUUGGGCAUUGUUUCUCAUGGGGAGAAAACCGAGAACAAGCUAGAGAAAAUUUAGUUAUUGCACUUAAAGAAUUGUCAAUUCGAGGAGAUUUUAGAACUACAGUUGAAUAUUUAAUUACACUUCUUGAAACUGAAUCAUUCCAGUCUAAUACAAUUGAUACAGCUUGGUUGGAUUUAUUGAUAUCAGAGCGAGUACAAUCUGAAAAGCCAGACAUAUUUCUUGGAGUCAUUUGUGGAGGACUUCAUAUUGCUGAUCGUACCAUAUCCGAAUCAUUCCAAAAUUUUCAAACAUCUUUAGAACGUGGUCAGGUACUGAGUGCUAGUACAUUAGAUCACCAUGUAUCUGUUGAACUUAUAAAUGGUGGAUACAAAUAUAAAGUUCAAGUCACCAAAUCUGGACUCAAUUCAUACUUCCUUAUUAUGAAUGGCUCAUUCAAGGAAAUCGAAGUCCAUCGUCUGUCUGACGGUGGAAUUUUGUUAUCUUUGGAUGGAUCAAGUUUUACUACUUAUAUGCGAGAAGAAGUAGAUCGGUAUAGAAUUGUAAUUGGUAAUCAGACAUGUGUUUUUGAAAAAGAAAAUGAUCCAUCUUUAUUACGCUCGCCGUCUGCUGGUAAAUUGAUUAGUUUUCUUAUAGAGGAUGGUGGUCAAGUUAAAAAAGGUCAACCAUAUGCUGAAAUAGAGGUAAUGAAAAUGGUAAUGACGUUAACAGCAACAGAAAAUGGCCGUGUGUAUUAUAGCAAAAGACCUGGUGCCGUUCUUGAUGCUGGAUCAUUAAUUGCAACGCUUGAAUUAGAUGACCCAUCUUUGGUUACAAAAGCUGUUGAAUAUAAAGGACAGUUCCUUGAACUUGAUGGAACGUCACAUAUUUAUGGAGAAAGUCUUAAUAAUAUACAUACAUGCUAUAGAGGUAUGCUAGAUAAUAUUCUGGCAGGGUAUUGUUUGCCAGAACCAUAUCAUCUUGUACGUUUGAGAGAAGUCAUUGAAAAGUUUAUGAAUUCUUUACGGGAUCCAAGUUUACCUUUACUGGAGUUGCAGGAAGUAAUAUCUUCAAUAUCAGGCAGAAUACCAAAAGCUGUUGAUAAAAAAAUUAAAUCAUUAAUGAAGCUAUAUGAAAGGAACAUCACAUCUGUACUUGCUCAAUUUCCUAGCCAACAAAUAGCUGCAAUUAUUGAUGGUCAUGCUGCAACUUUACAAAAAAGAACAGACCGUGAUAGCUUUUUCCAGACAACACAAGGCAUUGUUCAACUGGUACAGAGAUAUAGGAAUGGAAUUCGUGGUCGAAUGAAGUCUGCUGUUCAUGAGUUGCUGAAACAAUACUAUGAAGUGGAAAGUCAAUUUCAACAUGGAAGUUACGAUAAAUGUGCUACUGCAUUAAGGGAUAGAUACAAAGACGAUAUGGCUGCUGUUACAUCAACAAUAUUUUCACAUACACAAGUAGCAAAGAAGAAUAUGUUAGUUACUAUGUUAAUUGAUCAUUUGUGGUCCAAUGAACCUGGUUUAACAGAUGAGUUGGCAGCUACAUUAAACGAGUUAACUUCACUCAAUCGCAGUGAACAUUCUAGAGUUGCUCUUCGGGCCCGACAAGUACUCAUUGCUGCACACCAACCAGCAUAUGAAUUAAGACAUAACCAAAUGGAAUCAAUAUUUUUAUCUGCUGUUGAUAUGUAUGGACAUGAUUUUCAUCCUGAAAACUUACAAAAACUUAUCCAAUCUGAAACUUCUAUAUUUGAUAUUCUUCAUGACUUCUUUUAUCAUUCAAACCGUGCAGUCUGCAAUGCUGCAUUAGAGGUUUAUGUUAGACGUGUUUACAUAUCAUAUGAUCUUACAUGUUUGCAACAUUUGGAACUGUCAGGAGAAAUACCAUUGGUACAUUUCCAAUUUCUUUUGCCUUCUUCUCACCCAAAUCGUCAACAAAAUAAGAUCAAUUCUGGAGCCAAUGGAUCUGAAACCCUUGAAUCACCAAUCAAAACUCCAUUGCCAUAUAUCCCAACUUAUCAAAGAACUGGUUGUAUGGCAGCAUUUGAAUCAUUUACUCAAUUUGAACAAUAUUUUGAUGAAAUCUUGGAUAUUAUGGAAGAUCUAUCUUCUCCUGUUUAUGUUUCCCCAAAAAUCAUUGAUGCACUUGAAAGUGGAAGUGAAUCUAGAUUAAGCUCAUCUCUCAAUGUGAGCUUGUCUCUUGGUGACCAACGGCCCCCAGACCAAGAGAAUGUUGAGAUUGAACCGUGUCAUAUAUUAUGUAUAGCUAUGAAAGAUACUGGAAAUAUGGAAGAUGAUAAACUUGGUAAGAUGUAUGAAGAAUUUUGUCAACAACGUAGAGAAGAGUUGAAAAAAAGAUCAAUCCGAAGAAUCACUUUCUUAGCUUUGAAUAAAAGGCAAUUCCCUAAAUUAUUCACCUACAGAAACUAUGAAGAUUUUGCUGAAGAUAGAAUUUACCGGCACUUAGAGCCAGGUAUGGCUUUCCAAUUGGAAUUGAACAGAAUGAGAACUUAUGAAUUAGAAGCUUUGCCUACAUCAAACAGAAAAAUGUACCUGUAUUUAGGAAAAGCUAAAGUUCCAAGAGGUCAAGUUGUAACUGAUUAUCGUUUCUUUAUACGUUCCAUUAUAAGACAUCAAGAUUUAAUAACAAAAGAAGCAUCUUUUGAAUACCUUCAAAAUGAAGGAGAACGUGUAUUGUUGGAAGCAAUGGAUGAAUUAGAAGUUGCUUUUAGCCACCCACAUGCACGUAGAACUGACUGUAAUCAUAUAUUUUUGAAUUUCGUCCCUACUGUUAUUAUGGAUCCUGCCAAAAUCAAAGAAAGUGUGACUAAUAUGGUAAUGAGGUAUGGUCCACGUCUUUGGAAAUUGCGAGUUCUUCAAGCAGAGCUUAGAAUGACAAUACGGCCUUCGCCUACCAGUAAAACUUCAAAUGUCCGAUUAAGCCUUGCAAAUGGUAGCGGUUAUCAUUUGGAUAUUUGCCUUUAUAAAGAAAUUACUGACUCUAAAUUAGGAAUGAUUAAAUUUGAAUCAUAUGAAUCAAAGCAAGGACCAUUACACGGACUUCCAGUUUCUACUCCAUAUGUAACCAAAGACUUUUUGCAACAAAAAAGAUUCCAAGCUCAAAGUGCCGGAACAACUUAUGUUUAUGAUAUUCCAGAUAUGUUUAGACAAAUGAUAGAAACUUUAUGGCAAGAAUACAUUUUGGAACAUCCAAAUGAUGGAGUUUUAAAAAGUAGCUUAGUGUUUGACUAUGUUGAACUUGUUGUUGAAGACAAUCAUUUAAUUGAGCAGAAACGUUUUUCUGGUGAAAAUACUGCUGGUAUGGUUGCUUGGAGAUUUACAAUGCAUACUCCAGAAUAUCCUUCUGGUCGAGAUAUAAUUGUAAUUGCUAAUGAUCUAACUGUGAACAUUGGUUCAUUUGGUCCACAAGAAGAUAUUGUCUUUGAUUUAGCUUCUAAAGAAGCACGAAGAAGAAAAAUUCCACGUAUUUAUAUAUCAGCUAACAGUGGAGCUCGUAUUGGUCUUGCAGAAGAAAUAAAAAGUUUGUUCAAUGUAGCCUGGGAAGAUCCAUCUGAUCCGGAAAAAGGAUUCAAAUAUUUAUAUUUAACACCAGAUGACUAUGGAAAAUUAGCUGGUCAAAAUUCUGUAGAAGCAGAAUUAAUUGAAGAUGAAGGAGAACCAAGAUAUAAACUAACUGACAUUAUUGGAAAAGAUUUUGGUUAUGGUGUUGAAAAUUUAAAAUUCGCCGGAAUGAUAGCUGGUGAAACUUCUCGUGCGUAUCAAGAUAUUGUUACAAUUUCAAUGGUGACUUGUCGUGCUAUUGGUAUUGGGGCUUAUCUUGUACGACUUGGUCAACGUGUUAUUCAAAUUGAGAAUUCUCAUAUUAUUCUAACAGGAUACAGUGCUUUAAAUAAGCUUCUUGGUCGUGAAGUGUAUGCAUCUAACAAUCAGUUAGGUGGUAUUCAAAUUAUGUAUAAUAAUGGUGUGUCACACAAGACUGAGGCUAGAGACUUAGAUGGUGUGUACAGAAUUCUGAAGUGGCUUUCUUACAUUCCAAAAACUAAAGAAUCUCCAUUGCCUGUGAUUAAAAGUGUGGAUCCCGUAGAAAGAGAUAUAGACUAUGUGCCUACCAAAGUCCCAUAUGAUCCUCGUUGGAUGAUUGCUGGAAAAGAAGAUACCAAUGGCCAUUGGGAGUCAGGAUUCUUUGAUAAAGGAUCAUGGGAUGAAAUAAUGCAACCCUGGGCACAAACUGUUGUUUGUGGAAGAGCUAGACUAGGAGGAAUCCCAGUUGGUGUUAUUGCUGUUGAAACAAGAACAGUAGAAGUUACUUUACCGGCAGAUCCUGCCAAUUUGGAUUCGGAAUCUAAGACUGUGUCUCAAGCUGGACAAGUAUGGUUCCCAGACUCUGCGUAUAAAACAUCUCAAGCCAUUAAAGAUUUUGCUCAUGAAGAUUUACCACUUUUCAUCUUUGCUAACUGGAGAGGUUUUUCUGGUGGAAUGAAAGACAUGUACGAACAAAUUAUGAAAUUUGGUGCAUACAUUGUUGAUGAACUAAGACAAUACAAUCAGCCAAUCAUCACAUAUAUCCCACCAUUUGGUGAGUUGCGAGGAGGAGCAUGGGCUGUUGUAGAUACUACUAUUAAUCCAAGACAUAUUGAGAUGUAUGCAGAUCCAGAUAGCCGGGGUGGUGUUCUAGAACCUGAAGGAAUUGUUGAAAUUAAAUUCCGUGAAAAAGACAUCUUAAAAUCUAUUCACAGAAUUGAUACAAAUAUUUUGAGUCUCAAAGCUAAUGGUACCCCAACUCCUGAAGAAGCAGUUGAAAUAGAAAAGAACGUUGCAGAUAGAGUAUCAGUGUUGAAACCUAUUUACCAUCAAGUAGCAAUUCAUUUCGCUGACUUACAUGAUACACCUAAAUGCAUGCUUAGUAAAGGUGUUAUCAAAGAUAUUGUUCAAUGGAAAAAAUCUCGUAAUACAUUAUAUUGGCGUCUUAAACGGCGUUUAUUACAAAACCAAAUCCAAAAAGUUAUAACAAAAUCCAAUGAUGCCAUUCAAGAUGAUGUUGCCUAUGAAAUGCUAAGAAGAUGGUUUGUUGAAGACAAAGGCACCACUGCUUCUUAUCUGUGGGAUAACAAUCAAGCCGUAGUACAAUGGUUAACAAGUCAAUUAGAUGAAUCUGAUGGCACAAUUGUAGCUGAUUCAUUAAUUGGAAGCAACAUCAAGAGCGUAAGGAAAGAUGCAGUUAUAAAUCAAGUCACAUCUACAGUAAAUGACACACCUGAAGUUACAUCAGAUGUAAUAAUGGGUAUGUUCCAAAGUCUAUCAGAAAUGCAACGUCUAGACCUGAUUCAUAAUUUAACUCAGGCCACAAGCAUUGGAAAUGUGAAAUUAAAUAGUUGAUUACCCUUUACUAUAAGCAGUUAUUGUUGUUUAUUAUAAAACAAAAAUAUAAAUAAAUGUACGCUUAUACACGCAUACACACAUAAAUAUGUAUACUAUACAUAAUAAAUAUGUGUGUAUGUGUGUAUGCGUGUGUUACUUUAAA